UUCUGCAGCUUCACUCUCACCGAAGUGGGAUUCCGCAGCGGCUUCCGUGCUGGUUUUAACGCAAGAUUUGGAUUAAAAACCAGCGGAGACACCGGGAAUAGGUACUGCUAGCUGCCAACCCGCGUGGGUGAUUGGCCUCAAGCGGUCGAUCAUGAGUCGUUUUCUCCGCAUUCCCUCUCCCCCACCCCCGCCUUUUCUUACCCUAGGAUCGGCCCAUCGCCUCGGCACCUGGUUCGGCGCCUUCGUCCGCCAUAAUAGCUUCCCGAUGACGGACGUGUCGUCUUUUAUAAUUUUCAAUUGGAAUUUUAUUACUCACCUUAGAGAUUCGACCACCUCAUUAUACUGACUCUGUACUGACACCAUGGUGGACCGUCGAGCAAGCGAUGCAGGUACUGCUAGCCAGACCCCAAUCGCUCCUGUCGUGAAGAGGAAGAGGAGGGCAAGUUGUCUCGGCGAACAGGAGCGGAGAGAGCGGAAGCGGGCGAUAGAUAGAGAAGCUCAACGGUCAUUGAGAGAAAAGACAAAAUCCCAUAUCGCCGAUCUUGAACGCACCAUCCAGAUCCUACGAGAUCAGGACAGGAAUGGAGCCACCGCCUCCCUACUAGGCGAAAUUGAACAGCUGCGACAAGAAAACGAACGCCUGCGCGACGUAAUAGACGGUGUCAAGAGCGUAGUCGGGUGUGGCAUGCUUAACAGCAAGGCAGUUACGCUGCCCAUGUCUCCUGUCAGCGCAAGUGCCUCCACCACCGUCGAUCCACCCACGAAGCAUGAAGCCAGUCAUUUGGACCUCGUCGAAGAGCACGACCAGCUCGAGCAGAGCACCUUUGACUCGAUGCCCUUUGACAGGGAGGUUUCUAGAAAUAAUUCCUCUACCCUCGACGUCGAUGGCAUGCAAGUCAUGGAUGAUCUCGUCCACGGCAGUACGAACAGCUUGCAAUUUCCCCUCUCCACCGUAGACGAGAACAUGCAGGUGACCCCCGACUCCCCAAAUACCGCUGCAUUCGCCCACUUCCUGCCCGAGAUCUUCGGGCCCUCAUGGCGCUGCCCAAGCCCCUUCGUGCUACACUUUGGCAACCCGGCGCAGCCGGCCACCCCCUCCGCUAAUGAGGACGCCCUUUGCCCCAUCUGGAAGAAAAGCAACGAGCUCUUCGGAAAGGUCUUCUCAUUCCGGCCGGGUGCUGCGACGCUAGAUUCUGAUGAUGUUGAGGCAGGUCUCCUGUUCCUUGGAAUCAAGCAAGGGUGGGACUCGUUUGCCGAGUGGAUGCGUAGUCCAGCGCUCCGAAUCCUGAAGGAGGUCGACCAGUUUCUCUUCUGCCAUCUGCCGCGGUUGGAGAGGCUGGCGGCGGCGUAUAAGAGCUUUAAGUUGCUGAAGUACUACCUCAACGCCACCAAAUCCGAACUCGAUAAAAUUCCCGAGUGGCUUCGUCCCCGCCCUUCCCAAUCACGAACGAAACACCCCAUAGCCCUCGACUUCUUCGCUUGGCCCACCCUCCGCGACCGCCUCGUCUCUACCCACAGCACCCUUUUCCGCAGCGGCGACCUCUCCUACUGCUACAGUCGCUACCUGAAAUUCGACUGGCCCUUUUCAUUCGACGACACGUUUUUCUUCAACGAGGCUGCGGGGUGCUAUUACCCCUCCCCGUUGUUUGAGCGCUAUCAUCGCGAUCUGAGGUUUUGGACGCUGGGCGAGGAGUUCUUCGAGCGGUUUCCGGAGAUGCGGGGGGAUGUAGAGGGGGAUCGGGGGCUUUAUGGGGAGGGGGCUGCGGUGGAGGCGUGUUAG